GAUUGUUUUUCAUUUUCACAAGAAUGAUUCAACACAUGUCAGAGCAAAAGUAGCACCCCCAAGGCUAAAUGGAGGCAGAAUGGGUGUAUUUGCCACACGAUCACCCCAUCGACCCUGUCCAGUAGGACUGUCACUGGUUCAGAUUGAUAAAGUGGAAGGGAAUAUGAUAUUUUUCUCUGGUGUGGAUAUGGUGGAUGGAACUCCUGUUCUUGAUAUUAAGCCAUAUAUACCACAGUAUGAUGAUCCUCUUGACUGCCAACAUCCGUUGUUAAGUGACAAUAUGGAGACCCGCCUCAUAACUGAUGGCCGUGAAUCAGAUGAUGAAGAUUUAUCACCUGGAAUACUUUCUCUUGACCUCACACCUCGUCGUGACUCCUUAGCACCUGUGGCCAGGUCACCUGUAAGAGAUGCUUUGAUGAUGGUCUCUCAUUCUCCCGUCAGAGACUCCUCACUCAUGGGUCUUAGAGAAGCUCCUGACGGUGAAGAGGGAACUUCUCCUAUCCUCGGAAGACCCUUAGUGUCUCCAGCACUGUCCCCAGGACCUUCCUCAGGCAAUAUGAGGCCUCAGGCUCUGGUAAGGGUCCCUGCAUGGAUUGCAGACCCUCCGGUCUCUAGACUGGAGGUGAAGUUCAAUGAAGGUGCUGUUGCGCAGCUUACCACUAUUCAGUCUGAACGUGGUGAGAGUGUUGAGGAGGCUCGGAUAGCAAUUCAGAGUGUUCUGCAAGAAGAUCCCCGUUCAGUGUAUUUAAGACAGCGCUGGAAUAACCAGUUCUACACAUUUCUUAUUGCAGGUCUUCAUGUCAGUUGUCGGUUUGCUGACAAUGGCUCUGUAGUAACAGUUUUUCGAAUUACAGCAGCCAACAAAAACUGUGAAUGUGGGCUUCCGGAGUGGCAGUGUACUAUUCACAAUGGAACUUCAUAGAUAAUACGGCUUUGUACUUUCUUUUCCUCUUUAUUUAAUUAACUUUUAGCGUGAGAUACCCCACUCCUGCACAUCUCCUCAAUUUUUGUUGUGGUUAGGAUGUUGAAUCAACUGAAUAUUCUUCAACAUUUGGAAAAGAUUUUUGUUCUGAUCUUCAAACCAUUAUUUUUGUGUCUGAAAGUUGCUGAGGGAGUAUCAGUCAUAUUUGCAGUGCUGUGAUAAUUGUGUUUACCUAAUUUGUAAUGACUUUAGAUAGCUACUGCACCCUUUCGUUGAGUUAAUACUGAAAUGUAUCUAUUGUGUCAAGCGUGUAUGCCAAACUAGCAUUUUUAAAUAUUUUAUUUUGUCUUGAGACUCAUGCUCAUAUUUAACCCAAAUGGCAAACGAGCUGCUACUUAUUGAAAGACUGUGAUAUGUCUGUCUAGAGGAUCUCUGUAGUACAAGGUGGUCUACGAACCCUUGAACAUUUUGUAGCUGUGCAUCCACGUGGGCGCGUCACUCGGGGUCUUGAGACGCCGUUGUAGGCCACCCCGCUCGCCCGCUUGCAUGCUGCACAAUAUAACUAGAAACUGUCCAGGGGUCCUGGCUACCCCAUAAUAUUAAUUCCCAGUUGGCAUUGUUCUUUUCUCUCUCUUAUUCUUUAGAAUUUUAGUGAACAGGGCUGCACCACAUGUCUUUAGCUUAAAAACAAUUGUCAAUCAUUUGUUCUUCCACUCAACUUUCAAUGUGUUUAAUAAGCAUCAUUAAUUCAAAUAUUUUCCACUGUGGACGUUAGCACAAUUUGUACACACCGUCACGUUGUGUUCUAAAUUUUAUUCGGCACUUUGGUGAGAGUGGUUUACAAUGCUGUAAGAUUGUGUUACUAUGAUAUGCAUGUUGUAGUGUCUUUGUUGAAUCGACAUACAAAAUAAAGCGAUCUCUGCAAACACUA